AUGACCAAAAAAAGAGGAAACAACGGGUGUGCCAAAAAGGGCCACUGCCAUGUGCAGCCAAUUCGCUGCACAAACUGUGCCCGGUGUGUGCCCAAGGACAAGGCCAUUAAGAAGUUUAUUAUUCGGAACAUUGUAGAGGCCGCUGCUGUCAGGGACAUAUCCGAAGCAAGCAUCUUCAGUGCUUACGUGCUUCCCAAACUGCAUUACUGUGUGAGCUGUGCAAUUCAUAGCAAAGUAGUCAGGAAUCAAUCCCGGGAAGCCCAGAAGAACCUAACACCCCCACCACAAUUAAGACCUGUUGGUGCUGUACCAUGA